UUAACUGUCGCUAUGAAUAAACAAUGGAAAAAGUAUUUGUUAUGGUUCGCUCACGAGCACGUAAACUUCCGAAUGGCUGAGAUGGACUCAAUAAUUAGUAUGUUUAGCAUAACCUACAAAUCGAUACAUAAACCAGCCGACCAACCAUUCUGGAUAAUUGAACUGCCAUCUGAAAGUGCAGCGCGACUGAUAGCUGAUAGAUCAGUUUUAUUGAAACACUGCAUUGAAUUAUGGUCACAUUCAAAUACUAUUCAUGGUCUGCAUUCAACUUUACAAGCUAUUCCUCAUAAUGAGACCGCACCGUUCCUAACUACGACUUAUAAGAUCUUUGUUGAAACAUUUUGCAAGCACUUUACUCAAACAGAAAAAGUAGAAAAAGUAGAGGCUUUUAGUUACUUGCCUUGGACCGGCAAAGUUAAUUUAAAAAAUCCAGACACAACACUAUUCUACAUAGAGUAUUAUGGUUUGCAACCUAAUGCCAUUCCAGAAGAGCCUCUUGAUUUGUUUUUUGGAAGACUGAUUGCUGAUGGCCAAAGGGAUAAAAUUAAAAAACUGUCUUUAAAAUCUAGAAAAUUUAUAGGCAACACGUCAAUGGAUCCUCAACUAUCUAUUAUAAUGGCUAAUCAAGCUCAAGUAAAAAGUGGAGACAUUGUCUUGGAUCCAUUUGUUGGUAGUGGUUCAUUGCUUAUUCCAGCAUCGAUGUUUGGUGGCUAUACUCUGGGUACGGACAUAGAUUUUUUAAUGCUUCAUGCUCGCAGCAGACCUAGCAGAAUCACCCAAAAGAUAAGAGAAGAAGAUGAAAGCAUAACAUCAAACAUGAAACAGUAUGGUAUUGAAUCAAGAUUCUUAGACGUCAUUGUUUCCGAUUUUUCGCGACCUUUAUGGAGAUCCGAUGUAAAAUUAGAUGCCAUUAUUACUGACCCUCCCUAUGGUAUUCGUGAAGCUGUUGAGCGUAUAGGAACUCAAAAAGCUAAGCCUUGUAUAGAAGAACACCAACUAGAGACGCACAUACCAUCCAAAGUAGAGUAUGCGUUAUGCCAACUAUUUAUUGAUCUUCUAGAAUUUUCUACAGUCCAUUUAAGGCUGUCAGGUAGAAUAGUUUUUUGGUUUCCAGUGUUUAGGAAAGAAUAUUCAGAGGAUCAACUACCCAUACACCCUUGUUUAAAACUUGUCGCUAGAUCGGAACAAAUUCUUAGUAAUUACACAAGUAGACUGUUGUUAACUUACGAAAAAAUCAAGGAACCCGAGCCCAACGAUCCCCCAUGUACAAUAGGAGAGGCAAAUUUCCGAGACCAGUAUUUCAAUAUGAGAGAGGAGUUGCGCAGCGUAAAACGGGCUCGAAAAAGCGCCGAUCGAGCUCGACAAAAGAAGGAAUGGGAAGAGCGUCAAGCCGCCAAUAGAAAAAAAACGUGAUCGAG